CGGACGGCAUUCCUCCACUGCCUGCGCCCUGUAUUGCUCCUCGCCGCAUGGCUGCAGUCCGUGUUUAACAUGCCCGUGCCCACCCAGACUUGAGCAGCUGGAGUCCUUCUGAGUGAGAUACGUUUAGCGGACAUGUACAUGUUGGAAAACGCGCGCUUUACAGAAUACUUUAUAAUCUAGUCUCAAGACAGACGGGGAGGUCAACAUUCGGGGUGAUAGUUGUGACAUCUUUGUUGGAUUUGCGCAAGGGCGCAGCAGCUGAGACGCAAAACCGUCAGCCACUUCUUUUGAACAGACCUCCACACUGGUGUGACAGGGAACGGACAGCUAUCCUUAUCGAGGACGCACGCCACUUCCUGAUCUUAAACUUCAACGUAAGAUAAUUUCUGGCUCGGGAUCGUGCAGUUUCAGGGAUAAAUGAUCACCUCAACCAGAAGAGUGUCUCCUGAUAAAUCUGAAGUACGGAUCGCCUUCAGCCUCGACAACACAUCAGAUGUAAAAGAUGUGGAGGACCUCUCGCAGACUUUCCCAGAUCUUGAACAGCGAUUGCAGCCGGUGCCUCCUUGUGUGUCUCUGAGAGAGAGCGUGCAGGUGUACAAGGAACACUGCAGGAUGGCCAGAGAGUUCCACCAGGUCAAACAUGAGAUUACUGUGCUUGAGGACCGCAAGCGUAAGCUGCUGGCGGAGCUGGUGGAGGAUGAGAAGGUUGCCGUGGAGAUCGCUCGCCUCGAGGAGGAGUUUCGCCGUCUAACGGAGGAGAACCGCACCUUGGUGACGGUCCACAACGAGCGCGCUCAGCAGCUGGAGCGACUCUGUCUGACCGAUCGGACGAGACACGACUCCUUGUGACCUCUGACCUCUGCAGAACCUGAGACCACCUGACUUCCAGCUGACGCCAGCGAUAAAGGCUCAGCUAGUGCUCACUGUAAACAACUGCAGUCUGUGAAUCAGCUAAUUACACAGAAAGGUGCUGUGUUUAUUCAUGUCUGAGUCAUUUUCCUGAACCACAGGCGUACAGUUAUAAUCAUUGUGAAGUUGUCUCAGUGAUCCCACUAAGCUGGGACGCACUUUUCUGGGGGCCUGAUGCAAUAGCUCCCGGGUUUAUAUUCACUUAACGUCAGCUGCCGCGAAUGCGACCAGAUGCUCUGAGAUCUGUCUUGUCUCAGGUCCUGUGGCGACUCAAACCUUUUACCUGAGGUCCGUCUGGGAAGACGAAGGUGUUGCAAUAUGGUCCAAAUGUUGUAUUUCAAGGAGUGUCUAACCUCCCCUCCCUCCCUCUCCCCCCCACACAGUGUCAGGAAUUUGGAAAUGACAGUUUGCGAGGAACAGAAAAAGAAGAAGGGUGAUAAUCCAUUUCAUGCGACGCUGUAUGAGUUGUACAUUUUAUUUUUUUUGGUCUAGUGUAGCGUGUGCCUGUAGAAGAGGAAGUGUGCGGUAAGAUAAACAGUUCCUUAUUGUCCUCGUCCUAUAAUAAAAUGCGUAUUAUUUUAACAUCA